AUGUCACUGGUCUUUGUUCCCACAGAGGAGAUUUCCGACCUCACGGAGCAGAUUGCGGAGGGAGGAAAGGCGAUUCAUGAGCUGGAGAAAAUCAAGAAGCAGGUUGAGCAGGAGAAAUCUGAGCUGCAAGCAUCAUUGGAGGAAGCUGAGGCUUCUCUUGAGCAUGAAGAGGGGAAGAUCCUGCGCCUCCAACUUGAGCUCAACCAGGUGAAGUCUGAGAUUGACAGGAAGAUAGCAGAGAAAGAUGAGGAGAUCGACCAGCUGAAGAGAAACCACCUCAGAAUUGUGGAGUCCAUGCAGAGCACCCUGGAUGCUGAGAUCAGGAGCAGGAAUUUUUUUCUGAAGAAGAAGAGGGAGGGAGACUUGAAUGAAAUGGAGAUCCAGCUGAGCCAUGCCAACCGCCAGGCUGCAGAGGCACAAAAGAAUCUGAGAAAUGCACAAGCAGUGCUCAAGGAUACCCAGAUACAUUUGGACGAUGCUCUCAGGACACAGGAGGACCUGAAGGAGCAAGUGGCCAUGGUGGAGCGCAGAGCAAACCUCUUGCAGUCUGAAGUUGAGGAACUGAGGGCAGCCUUGGAGCAGACAGAGCGGUCAAGGAAAGUGGCUGAGCAGGAGCUUCUGGAUGCAAGUGAGCGUGUGCAGCUCCUCCAUACCCAGAACACCAGCUUGAUCAACACCAAGAAGAAGCUGGAAACAGAUAUUUCCCAAAUUCAGAGUGAAAUGGAGGACACAAUCCAGGAAGCCCGCAAUGCUGAAGAGAAAGCCAAGAAGGCCAUCACAGAUGCGGCCAUGAUGGCAGAAGAGCUGAAGAAGGAGCAGGACACCAGUGCUCACCUGGAGAGGAUGAAGAAGAACCUGGACCAGACAGUGAAGGACCUGCAGCACCGUCUGGAUGAGGCUGAGCAGUUGGCUCUGAAGGGAGGCAAGAAGCAAAUCCAGAAGCUGGAGGCCAGAGUGCGGGAGCUGGAAGGGGAGGUUGAUACUGAGCAGAAGCGCAGCGCUGAAGCUGUGAAGGGUGUGCGCAAGUACGAGAGAAGGGUGAAGGAGCUGACCUACCAGUCUGAGGAGGACCGGAAGAAUGUUCUCAGGCUCCAAGAUCUAGUAGACAAGCUGCAAAUGAAAGUGAAGUCCUACAAGAGGCAAGCUGAGGAGGCUGAGGAGCUGUCCAAUGUCAACCUCUCCAAGUUCCGCAAGAUCCAGCAUGAGCUGGAGGAAGCCGAGGAGCGGGCUGACAUUGCAGAGUCGCAGGUCAACAAGCUCCGAGUGAAAAGCCGGGAGUUUCAUAAGAAGAUAGAAGAGGAGGAAUGAGGAUCCCAAGAAUAAGAUGUGACUUGAGGCACACAUAAGAUGUAAAUCUCUGUGCUGCUUUGUUCUGUAAUUAUAAUUUAUGUCUAGGUAAUAAAGUAGAGACCUCUGCAUAUGAA